CGAGAAACUGCAGUUUUCUCGGACACUCGAAUCUGGGUGCCCGCCCAUCGAGAUACCUUUGUCUUAACGCGGUGUCUCGCGGACCCCUCUCUCAAUUGCGACUUUGAAUGCGUUUCGCGAGACGAAAAGGAGUUCUUUGUGGAACCUCGGUGCCUUUGCCCUUUUCCCCGGUCCUUUCUCUGCAUGCUGCGUUUCCUUGUGCAUAUCCUGCCCACUUUGUGUACGCGCAAGCGCUGAGUUGAAAGAUCUUGCUCCGCCUCUUUUCCGCUUUUUUUCCCGAGGUAGAAGUUAGCAAGCAGAAAGAGCCGUACGUUUCUUGUCUGGUAUUUUCGGUCGGCUUUCUGUUGCUUUCUUUGUGGCGUUUUCCCUUUCGUCCCCCUCUGUUUUCCGCGUUUUCUGGCGCGUAACGGCAGCACGCGUUUCUCAGCCUCUUCGAACGGCACCCGCUCCUUUCCAGAUAUUUCUUUCCACACGUUCUCUGUCGGAAAUCUCCAUUUUUUUAUCUCUCCGGCGUUCGGCCAUCUUUGGAUUUCCGCGCAGCUUCUCGAACGGCGGACACAGGCCGUCGCGCUGCUCUGCCGAGCACCAGACCGGGGGCACUUCGGGUGUAUGUACACCUCGCUUCUCCUGUUUCCCCUGUCAGCGAGUGAGACGCCGAACCCCGACGAUAUGCCCGGAGAUUAAGCGCUUUCGUCUCUUCAAGCAUUCACUCCUCUUGAAUCGUGUCUUCCGUUGUCUACCGAGUUUAGUCACUCUUGCUAGUUCCCUUGACUUUUUCGCUGCCUCACAGUGUCGCAAAAAUGUCAGGCUUCUUCGGCAUUUCCACUUCUGCGCCGCCGUCGCAGUCUCUCUUCUCCAGUUCAUCGGUCCUCUCUCCUACCGACGAGGAGAAAGUCAAGCUCUCCAUCCCUUCUCUCUUGUCUUCGUCUUCUCUCUCCUCUGUUCGUGGAUCUUCUCUCUUUCCUCCCUCCGCUCCAUCCUCUUCGUCCACCUCUUUUGCUUUUUCCUCUCCUUCUUCUGGCUUGGUUUUGUCUUCUUCGCCCUCGUCGAGUGUGAGUCACGCGCAGUUCCCCAGGUCUCCGGGAGACCAGCGUUCUCCGUUCUCGGUCCCGUCGUCUUCUGCUGCCUCUGCUCUAUCGGAUUCAAGGCAGACGACCGCGCGAGCGCGAGUCAAGCCCACCGCUCGGCCGACCUCUCCCGUUCCGUUUUCUUCUCUUUUCUGGGUGACUGACGAUGCAGCCUCGCCGAUCCUGGAGCGCAUUGACUCCUUCUUCGAGGCGAGAGACGCCGCAGAACAAGACAGAGACCCCCCCAGAAGACCCGACAACACACGCGCCGCCUCUGCCUCAGGCUUCCCGACCUCUGCGCUUUCUCACGCCGACAUCCGCGACCGGGUGUCGAGAAACAUCCUCAAACACAGAGGCAGAGAUCUGGAACGGCGAAGCGGCUCGGCACAGGGCGCCUCUCGAAGCCUGCUGCCAGUGCAACUGAGCUGCGCCUCCUGCGGCCCGGACGCGUCGCGAGGAGACGGCAUUCCAGCGCCUUCAGGUUUCUCCUUCACCAUCGUCAGGCAGUGGAGUUCGUCUGUGCCUGCGCGCGCGCCGAGCAGCGUCGUGGCCAUUCGAGUUUCUCCACAGCCCGCGGAAGAGAGCUCCGGCACUCGCGACGCCUGCGGGGGUUCUGAACCCAGAAGCGAGAGCGCGGUAGCGUGUUCGUACACCGCCCUGGUGAGCGUUCUUGGCUACGACGUCGAAACGCAGAGUCCCUUCUCGUUCAUCUGCUGCAACACCUCCGGUUCCGUCCUCGCGCUCCUCUCCGAUUCCGCCUGCUGCGUCGCCACCCUCACGCCUCCACUCGGGCUGAAGGAACAGGCGGGAGGAGACAGGUGUGGGGCGGGGACAGCGGAGAUCUCUCGGCCCGCUCUGCGUUGGCUCCGAGACGAGGACUGGGAAGAGGAGGAAGAGGAACUGGAGGGCGAGGCGGUGGUUCAAGUCCGCGGACUUCUUCUCCUCGACGAGUUGCAGCGGAAUCUGGAGCUUCCGGGCGCCGACGACUCCACACAGGGGCCUUCGCCCCGCAGGACCAUGGUCGCAUGUUGCUUCCACCCGUUUUCGGAGACAGCUCUGGUGCUUCUCAGUCAUGAGGAGGUCGCUGUGCCCCACACAGACGGCGUGCAGUCUUGUGAGGCUCGCGGGGAAGCCGGCGAAGACAAGCGAGCAAUCCUGAGGCUGUUCGACGUGGCUGUGAGCACCGAGCAGCCGGAGACGGAGAUCAGUGUCCCCUUUUUCCCCGAUGGUAUCUCUGGAGACACUUCGUCUGAGCUGUCUCCUGCUCCGCAGCUCUCCCGGGGCCAGACCGGGGGAGAGGAGCAACGGCCUCGAGUUCUGCCUGUGAACUUCGCGCUGGGCUGUUCUUCCGAGGCCCUCGAGCUGUGGCCGGCGCUCUCUGUCUUCCUCCUCUUUCCGGUGUCCCUGGAGGGUGCCACAGAUGCGCCGGGGUGUCUCUGCUUCUGUCCCUUCCUCCCGCGCCGGGUGCCGACACUUCCCGCGCCCCUCGCCCUCGCCCUGCGGGAGGCGACGACGCAGGCGCGUCUCCUCGAGCGCCGCUGCGGCGCCUCUGGGCCUGCAGAUCAGAGAGAUGAUGAAGAUGGGGGGCGAGACGACGCUGGAGACACGUGUGUGCUCGAACCCCACACGCGCGCCUGGCUCAUUCAGCGGGAAGCCGAGCGCGUCCUCUGCGAGGAGUUGAGCGCAGCCGCGUCAUCUCCUGUGUCAGCAGGUCUCGAGUCUCGGGAGCGACAGUCCAGCGACGCGGUCAGCAAGGAGCAGAACGCGAGACCCGCGAGACGCGUCCCCGUCCCUCAGUGGGUCGCACUGAGGAACGGAGAGAACAAGGGUGAGGAGAAACGAGAUGAGAAGAAAGAACUGAGAGGUUUGGUCGAGGAACGAAGAGGAGGAUCAGAGGAGAACGAGGACGAAGGUGAAGGUCGGCUUUGUGCAGUGCAGCUCUUCGCGACGAAUCCCCUGACGAUGCUGCUGACAGCGACGGUGACAGGCGCCCUUAGUGUUUGGGCAUCUGCAGAAGAGAUCGCGCCUCGCAUGCACGUGGCGUGCUCUGGAGAGCAGAGCGAGGAAGACCAGGGGUUGAAGCAAGAAGGGAGGAGCUCGGGACACAGUGGAACGCAGCAAGCUGCUGAAACAGCGAAACCACUCCAGUUCUUCCUCCUCCAAAAAACAUACUUCUGUCGCCCACGCACGAAUUCCAAAGACCCUCGUUCCUCCGCGUCUUCACCUUCCUCUUCUCUCUCCUCUUCUUCUCUUGUCUGUACAGAGGGUCUCAGUGAGAGUUUUGUGGGGUCCGUGUGUGGGCGUCUGAGUCUGUUGGCUUUGCCGCCUUCGCUGACUGCGUCUGCAGUGCCUGCGGCUUUCGUCUUCGACGCCUGUCGGGUGUCUCUCGUCGAGUGUCACUACCUGUCGGCUUCGAGCGCGGGGUCCGCGUCUUCGCCUGGAGAAGACGCAAGGAACUCGCGCUACAGGAGUCGGCCGUGUCUGUCGCUGCACGCGGUGCUCGCGGGGAGGAAGGCGGAAGGGUCGUGGCGGGGCGAUGGAGGAGAAGCUGGCGAGGCUCUCGAGCGCCCUCUGCUGUGCUCUCUGUCGCUGCGACGUCGGAGCCGAGGCAGCGAACUCGCGCCUGUUGAGGCCUCCUCUCAUCUCGCGCUUGUGGGGUCUUGUCUCUCGGAUUCUUCUCUCUCUGUGUUUUCCCUGGACGUGUCUCCGCUACUGUUUGGAUGGGGAGACGGCGCCGCGGACGUCGCGAGCGCGCCGGAGCCGACGGGCUGCGGAGGGACUGUCUCCUUUGCUCUGCCCAAGAGAAGCGGCGCGAAGCAUCAGCUGGAGGAGGCCGCCCAUAUGCUCAGGCAACACCACACGCAUGUGGAGCAAGUACGAGAGAAGAUUCGUUUCGCUGCGAGUGCCGCGAAAAAGGCUUCCGCGAGUGGAAGGACUACGGACAUGCGGCAAGCGACUGCAGCCGCAGCUGAGUUCGCCAGCUCUCUGGUGUCGACGCUCCAGUUCGCAGACGAGAAUUUGCUGCAGUCAUUGAGGCACUCAGAGCGACGCCUGCGGUCUUCGACGACGGCGAACCUCGCGCGGUGUACAGAAACUCUGGAGACGCAAGUGAAGGAAAUGUGGGCGACGCACGAGUGUCAGGUGCUGCGCCAGAAGGAGGAUGAACGGCGCCUCGAAAAAGUGAAAAAAAACAUGGCCAUCUUGGAGAGUCUCUGCGUAGAAGCGGGGAGACUCCUUCGAGAGCGAGAUGAGUCGCUGCGGCUCCGAGAGCUUGAAGAGGCCUGGACAAAGCUGGAGAGAGACAUCUCCAGGCUGCCGGCUGCUCUGCUUGAGCGCUCGCGUCUCAGUGGAUCCCAGUGCGGUCGCGAGGACGAGGCAGACGUGACGAGGAGCUCAGAGGAAGGCCUUGUUUACGGAGGCGCCGGCUGCCGGGCGGCGGCCAAGGGAGAGAGGGUCGAAAAGCUGAGAGGUGUUUUUCCCGAUGAAGGAGAGAGCGAGGUGGAGGACGAAGAGCAAAAAGUGGCAACCAGACUGCUGAGAGUCGUCGAGGCCGGCGGAAAGCAACUGUCUAUGCUUCACGAACGCCAAGCAACUCUGGAGUCGCUCAUGCAGAAGGUUUCUCUCUAGCCCUCGAAGAUGCGGUCUCGAAAAGGUGACACGCGACGCCCGCGGACCCCACACACACACACAAGGCCUGCUGUCGUCGUCAACUUCCUCAGGUUGUGCGUGUGUGCUCUGUGCUGUCUAGGGGUUCAGUCGUUUUGUGUCUUCUUCUCAUCGUUCUCUCAGUCGCUUCUCCAUUCUUUCUCUCUCGUCCAGUAUUAUUGUCUCUUCUUCCUGUCUGUUUCGGGGUACAGUUUGCUGUGCGGACUCUGCUUCUAACAAGGAGUUGUUUCUGGAGGCUGCCGGCCGGCAAAAGUUUUUCUUUUGAAGUGGCAGACUCAUGCACAUGUUUGCUCUGGCUGUGUUCUCCCGCAUCGAGUUUACGCUCGGGUUGAACGGAAAGAAAAAUGAGCACCGCGAACUCCGUUAAUCCCGGCAAACCAUGUAUCACUUCGCUCGUAUCUAUGCGCCGGUGGACGAGCACGCUUUUGCCAUGCACGUCUGUAGCUCAGAACGCCUGCAGAAGGUCUGACAUGUGAGAGCGCGUUUGUCUCUUUGUAUACAGAGGAGAAAAUGCGUGGCCACAGAUAGAUCUAGAAAACUACCUGGGAAAUGGAGUAGGUGCUUUAGAAGGCAGAUGCCUGUCGGACUUGCUGGCAGCUGUCCGUGAGCUUGCGUCCUGAGCUAGGAAUACUGACAGGGGAAAUCAGGGUUUUCCUUGGUGCGAAUACAUCGGAUUUCGAGGUGGACACUGUCGAACGGCAACCUUUCAGUUAUGCACCUCGGAUAUGCGAACGGG